AUGUCUCAGCAGGAAGGCACGUCGCCGACAGAUCGCGAGAGUACCAUGCAGAUUUUGAACAUGUUCCCCGGACACCUCCACCUGCUUCCGCAGACCCCGCAGCUUCACUUCCUCUUCACUGUCAUCCGAAACGUGGAGACUCAGCGCACGGACUUCAUCUUCUACUCAGAGCGCAUCAUACGCCUCAUCCUCGAGGCGGCGCUUUGCUUGAUCCCUGUGAAGCCGUUUAAUGUCAUCACACCAGUAGGUGCUGUGUACAGGGGCGUUCGGCCGGACGACCGCGGCAUCAUCGGCGUCUCCAUCAUGCGUGCUGGCGAGUCGAUGGAGCGCGUGCUGCGUGAGAUGUGCCCCGGUGUCCGCAUCGGCAAGAUUCUCGUCCAACGCGACGAGAAGAGCAUCGACAAGAGUCCCAAUGCACGCUUUAGCUAUAGCAAAUUGCCCACAGAUGUAGCCUCGCGGCGCGUGCUGCUGCUGGACCCGAUGUGCGCGACCGGCGGCAGCGUCAUCAAGGCGACGGAGAUCCUGAUCAACGAGUACGGCGUGCUCGAGGAGAACAUUAUCUUCUUGAACCUUAUCUCCGCCCCCGCAGGAAUCAGGAAGUACCUCGGUCGGUUCCCCAAAAUCCAGAUUGUGACCGCUGCCAUCGACGACGACUUGGAUGAGAACAAGUACAUCCUGCCCGGCCUCGGUGACUUUGGCGACCGCUAUUUUGGCACGAUUUCGGAGUGA